UAUAGGAAAGUUGAUUAUAGUUGAAUGGGAGGCGUCCGGGAAAGAAGUUAUGAAAAAAAAAAAACAGACUAAAAACGUUCAUCAAGAAAAAAUCAAAUGCAGAACCGAUUAUAAAUCUCGGCAAAUACAGAAGGAAAGCACUUCUAGAAUUCAAAGAAGAAAACGAUGUGAAUUUCUUGCGCAAUCAAUGGAUAUCCGGCGACUUUUGGACUGUAACAAAUAUCUGCGCGGUGUCAGAGACAAAGAUGGUAAAAGUAACAAAUUUACCAAAGAAUGCAAGCAGAAGAGAUGUGAACAAUUACUUUACAAGUGCAGAUAUGGUCAACUUGGAGCUUGAUCUGGAUGUCUUGGAGAAAUACUUCUACCCUGCAAAAGGAUUUUGUGUGUUGAACUUUUCAUCUGCGGCUGACGCAAAACGUGCCUGUACUGGGUACAAUGACUUCAAGGAGUUCAGGAAGUGUCAGCCUGCUUUAGAACCAUAUUACGAGGAGUUAGAAACUCUGGCUGAAUUAUCUUCAGGGAAAAUUGAAGAAAUUAAACCAAUCACAGUUGACAAUAUUGAUAAUAUGAAGAUAAAGUUCAUGAAAGAUUUCUGCAAAGCCAACAUUGAACAAAAGUUUAAAUCAGCUUGCGCUAGCAUCUUUUGAGCUAAAGAAGGAAGAAAUAAAGUAGGAUUGAAGUUCGACUGGAAACACAAUGAUCUGAGGCAGGAACAUAGCAGAGCAUGGGAGAAGAAUGUUAGACAGCUGUUGCAAAAUAUACUGGAUGAUAUAGUUAUUGUUAGAAAGAACCUUUCGGCAGAUGCCUGGGAUAAGGUACAAGAAGUUCUCAUACGCUUUCCGUUGGAUUCUGUCUUGAUCGAUGAAGAAGCAGAUGAAUACAGACUGACUAUCGUUGGACAUAAAAAGGACAACGCUUUUGCGAAACUCGAAAAAGAUAUUGACGCGAUACAACCUCCUAAACCUAUUGUAAAGGCAAAUGUUACGGUCAGCAACAAAAUCAAACUUGCUGCAUUUGCUGACCUCCAGAUGGGUGAAACCGUUGGAGGAGUAACUGUAGAUUGCCAAGUCAACAAAGGAGUUAUUAGAAUACAUGGCGACAAAGACACUGUAGAUAAAGCAAAAAUUGAAGUCUUAGAAAUUUUAAAUCAGAUAGUUUUACAGUCGUCUAGUUUCAGUUCAAAAGAAGUUGCAAAUAUACUGAUCACUCCGCUAAUGCGUGAUAAGAUAGAAUCAUACAAAGAUGUUCAAGGGGAGAGGUGUGGUUACAUGAUCGAAAAUGAUACACUCUAUGUUUUCUCGACAAGUGAAGCAAAUCUAAAACAAAUUGAAAAGACUAUAAAGGCGCUCAUAAUCGAAGAGGAUAAGACGCUACAAGGAAAGGUAGAAAACGAAAGCACUUUCAAGGCAAAAAUCAAAGAAAUUGAAGACAUAUACAGACCCUACGUAAAAGUGACUUCCAAAAUAUCAAAAGAAAAUGUAGUGAUACAUAUUGUGUGUGGUAAAGAUUAUUACGGUCCUGUAUGUGGCGACAUUAGUGAAAAAGUUGAAACCUUACUUGUCACAAAAGAAGAAAUCCGUAUUUCUCCGCAUAUCGUAAAAUAUAUUCAAAAAAAGUCCAUUAAAAAUAUUCAAAAUAGUAUGGAACAAAUUGGACUGCCAAAAUAUGUUUUUGAGAGCGAUGCCGAAAAAACUGUUCUACAUGCCAAAAGAAACGCAAGCGUCAGACAGCAAGUUGUAAGUAUUGUUCAGACAGAAGCUAAGAAAGUUCAAGUUUCGUGGAGACAAUUAGAAGAAGAAGGAAUCCAUGACUAUUUUGCUGAUGGUGAGGGAUACAAGUUCCUUCUUAAUGAAAUUCCGAAACAUCAGUGUGAAUUUCGAAUAGCGACUCAGUAUGAAAUGAAAAACGAAGAUAUGCAUUGUAUUGUUAUUCUGGAAACGGGACAAGCGCUUUUUGUUCGAGCAGGAACACUUGAAAACCCAAACCUCCAAGUUGAUGUUAUUGUUAAUGUAGCAAAUAAAGAGUUAGAACAUAGAGGUGGUCUUGCUGCAGCUCUUGUAAAAGCAGGUGGAAAGUCUAUUCAAGACGACUGCACCGAUUACAUCAAUAAGAAUGGUGAAUUACAGCCUGGAGAUAUCUACGUUGGUACUGCUGGCAAAUUACCUUGCCAAAGAGUUAUCCAUGCUGUUGGACCUGAAUGGAAAGGUGGAAAUAGUAACGAAGAUGACAUCUUACAAACUGUGGUUGAAAAUAUUCUUGAAUCGAUGAACAAAAACAAAGAAUUUAUCUUACGUUCGGUGGCUUUACCAUUAAUUAGCGUCAGUGUGUUUGGAUUUCCACGGUCAAGGUCGGCAAAAAUAAUACUGGACACCAUGAAAAACAAGUUAAAGUCCACUCCGAACGUACGAGAGAUAUAUUUCUAUGACCCGAACCCAGACAUCGUUAGAACAAUACAGAAACAAAUGCAUGAUGUCUUCGGAGACAAAUGUUUUCAUUUGCCGGUGCGAAACAUUGCUGUUGGAAAAGAGAUGAUUGCAAGGUCUGAUCCGUCGAUACACUUUAAUCUUCAAAGAACUGGUAUAAGAACGCCUCUCCCGGGCGGUACGAAGAUCAUCUUUAAAUGGGGAGAUCUUCAGACCACUGCGGCGGACGUAUUGGUAAAUGCAACACCAACAGCCCCUACACCAUCAGGAAAGAUCAGUGACGACUUGAAAUAUGCUGCUGGAGUUGAGUUUGCUAUGGAAUCAGAAUGUACUAAAGCGUUUAAGAAAGUAUUUCCAAGUGGACACGUGCCUGAUGGCAUGAUGGUGCAGACUAAAGCAGGAAGACUAGAUUGCAGUGAAAUAUACCAUAUCAAAAUUGACAACAACAAAUCAUCUGGAUGCAGUUCUCUUGCUGGCUACAUUACGACUUGCCUUAAAGAAGCUGUGAGACAGAAAAGAAAGACAAUUGCUUUUCCUACGAUUGGUACUGAGGAAUGCGAUUACCCUGGAGACAAAGUUGCUCUCGCGUUCAUACGAACAAUUGGAGAAUUCAUGCAGCUGCAUAUAACAUGUUCUCUGACUGAGAUUACUAUAGUCAUCUGUAACACAGAUAUUGUUACCAAAUCGGCGUUCGAAGUAAUAUUGGAGCAGUUGUAUAGCCAAAGGCCACAUAGACUGCUUGCAGACAUAGAAGACACUGUGGAGACGAUGGAUGAUAUAACAGUCAAGCCCAAAAGAAGACAACCGUCUUCAAAACGACCUAGAUCAGCUGUGCAUAGGAACAGGGUUCAAAAACAAAACGAAGGAUCGUUUGCAAUAGAUGGCACUGACGGAGCAGCGAGUGCUUUAGAAGUAGGAGGAAUAGAGAGUUCUAAGGCGGACGUUAUUGUUUGUACAACUUCCUCUUUCCCUAAGCUAAACGGUGCCAUAACAGCUGCCAUCAUCAAAGCGGGUGGACCAGAUAUUCAGAAAAAAUGUUACAGACGUUACAAGAGUUACCCAGAUUCAGGAGUUGCUUCCACAAAUGCUGGGAAUCUUAGCUGCAAGAAAGUCUUCUAUACAGUUCUUAAAGACUAUACACCAGCGAAUGCUAAGAAUGUGUCCAGGGAUGUACUUAGAUGCCUGGAACAGGCAGAGAAAGACCACUUUACAUCUAUCGCCAUGCCAACUUUUGGUACUCGUGAAUUUAAAUACCCUGAUCAAGUGUCGGCGAGUCAGAUGUUCAGUGCCAUUAAAGAAUUUUUCAAGAAGAAACGAAUUUACUUAAAAUUGAUAGUGGUCGUAAUGUAUGGACCAGCACAGCAAACUUGUCAGACAUUUUAUCAAGAGGCGGUCAAGUUCUUCAAACAAAUGAAAGUACCGACGACGAAUGCAGCUGUUGUCAAUACAGCCAAAGUUCAAAAUGUUGGCGAUCUUCUUUGGAAAGUACCAAAGUCAUGUACAUCUCUUUGGAUAACAUACGGAAAUCUUGAGCUGGCAAAGGCUGAUGUUAUAUUAGACACAACAACAAGCUUCUUUAACCUGAACGGUAUCAUUCCUGAAUCACUUAUCAAGCAUGCUGGGCCACAACUAAUAAAGGAAUUUAGGCGUUUCGAAGGCAAUGUGAGUCCCGGGAUGAUUGUUGAAACAAAUGGGUAUAAUCUUGACUGCAAACGAGUCUACCACUAUUUAAUGCCUGAGUGGAAAGAACUUGACGGCGAACAGAGCAUUAGCAACUGUAUUGAUGAUUGCCUACAGAAGAUGAAGCAAAGUGGACUAAGAUCUGUAGCCAUACCUUCUGUAGGUACUGGUGGAGCAAAAUAUAACCCGAGAAAAGUAGCGCGUGGUAUCUACAGAGCUGUUGCCGACUUUGGUGCUGCAAAUGGUAAUGUUAAUUGCCACGUGAACCUGGUUUUGUUCCCAGCUGCUAAGGAUAUAAAUAAAACAUUUACGGAAGAACUUCAAGCAUUUAUGAGUGGUAAAACAAAUGAGCACAAACCACCUGCGAAAGGGGUGCGUUUUGCUGAAGACGGCGACGACAAAGGAAACAUUCAUGUAGAUGAUGAUAUUAUUAUUCCUACAAAAAGAAGAGACUUUCUUCUCAUACAGUUUACAUCUGAUGAUAGUAAAAACGUGGAUUUGGCCUUCAAAAGCAUUAAAGCUAAAGUUGAACGAGAAACGAGAGAUGUGGAAAUAGACAUGACAAAUGAAAGCAAUAUAGAUGAUCUUGAUCUUGUAAACAAAGGAAAAAAUAAAAAAACUAUUAAAGACAUUGGUGAAGAUUACCAUGUCAAGGUCAUUGUUGACACCAAGGCACGAAAGGUGAAGGUCAGAGGGCUUGGCGAUGGCGUGAUUAAAUGCUUCGAGAGAAUUCUUCGAUUUUUGCAAGUAAGACGACAGGAAGCUGUGUCAAAAGACAUUGGGAAGAUAGUGUACCAGCAUAUCGAAUGGUAUUAUACUGAAGACGAUGGUAAAAUAUGGGUACCGUAUCCAAUACACAUAAGAUACCUGCUUGAAGACGCUAAUUCUACAAAAGUGACGGAGAAAGAAUUUCGUGACAUCAAUGAAAAGCUCUAUGUCGUAGACUUCACGAAAAUGGAAGAAUAUGUGAAAGGGGAUAAAAAGAAAGAAACAACAGUGACAGUGAUAAGAAAAGAUUUAACAGAAGGAGCGUUACAAGCGUUACCACACACCUGGCAGGCAAUGGGAGAGUCUGAAAAUCUGAAGGAGGUUUUGCUCAAUUCCACUGACCAGGAGUACAAAGAUGUUGAAGCUAACUUUAGGGCAACGAUUGGAAACUAUGGGCUUUCUCAGAUCAAAGAGAUUCGCAGAAUUCAGAACCGAACAUUGUAUCAGCAAUACCAGACAAAGAAGGAACAAUUAAAGUCGGAACAUAAAAAUGUCCCAAAUUUAGAAAUAGAAUGUACUCUUUGGCAUGGUACUCAAGAAGACAAGGAAAAGUCUAUUACUUCCAACGGCUUCAACAGAAGUUAUGCGGGUGCAACUUUCCAGGGAAAAUUGUGGUACGGUAUGGGCGUUUACUUUGCUGUCAACUCGGAAUACUCCACUCAACAAUUUUAUUCACCUCCCGACAAUAGUGGCUGGAAGAGGAUAUACCAGGUUAAAGUUCUCACAGGUUUGACAACACCGGUACAACAAGGGUACAUGGAGAGAUUCGCUCCUCAAGUACCUGGCUCUGCAAUUGACAGAUAUAACUCUACAUGCGACGACGGCGCAAUUCCAACAGAAUUUGUGAUUUAUAACGACACCCAAGCAUACCCAGAAUAUAUCAUAUUGUUCAAAUAAAAUGGAGAUUGACAGGAAAUAGUGUGGAGUUGCCUUAUUGUAGCUUGUUUUCAACAGGAAAACGUCCAAAUUAACUGUGAUAGUUUUGAUAACUUUUAGCUUUGCUUUUCUAUAGAUAACAUAAGAAUAGAUAAGAUGUGUUUAUUGUAAUAGCACUUUGUAUGAAAAUAUAUAAAUUACACAAUAAUAGCAAUAAUGUCAUGCAAACUGUUCUAAUCAGAUAAUAUGAGAGACUUUCAAGGUAUUACAUUUGAUAAAAUCAUUUGUAAAUAUGCAUAUAUGAAGUUUCAAACCUGUACUGGAUCUUAAUUUCGUAUCAAAAUUGAAGUAUUAUAAUACAUUUUCUAUUGAUAUAACUUAACUGUCUAAUAGGACAAAACAGUCCUAAACUGUAAAUCAAAACUGAAGUCCUCUGAUGCAUUAUAUAUUUACAUGACCUAGGUCGAUAAAAUAAGUUUGCUCUAAAAUGUUAAAACGUGUUUCGGCAUUUUAAAUUAGUAUAUCAUGGCAUCAACGCGAAACUAGUCUAUCUGCUUCUAUUUCUAUAUACACAUAGACUAGUUUCGCGUUGAGGCUACGAUAUCAGGACUUAAUAGUAAAAUCAUUUUUUAUUAGCUCAUCUGAUUUUUUGAAAAAAAAUGAUGAGUUAUUGUCAUCACUUGAGCGGUUGUCGGCGUCGGCGUCGGCGUCUGCGUCGGCGUUGCCUGGUUAAGUUUUAUGUUUAGGUCAGCUUUUCUCCUAAACUAUCAAAGCUAUUGCUUUGAAACUUGGAAUACUUGUUCACCAUCAUAAGCUGACCCUGUAUAGCAAGAAACAUAACUCCAUCUUGCUUUUUGCAAGAUUUAUGGCCCCUUUUGUACUUAGAAAAUAUCAGAUUUCUUGGUUAAGUUUUAUGUUUAGGUCAACUUUUCUCCUAAACUAUCAAAGCUAUUGCUUUGAAACUUGGAAUACUUGUUCACCAUCAUAAGCUGACCCUGUACAUCAAGAAACAUAACUCCAUCUUGCUUUUUGCAAGAUUUAUUGCCCCUUUUGGACUUAGAAAAUCAGUUUUCUUGGUUAAGUUUUAUGUUUAGGUCAGCUUUAAUCCUAAACUAUCAAAGCUAUUGCUUUAAAACUUGCAACGCUUGUUCACCAUCAUAAGUUGACCCUGUACAGCAAGAAACAUAACUCCGUCCUGCUUUUUGCAAGAUUUAUGGCCCCUUUUGGACUUAGAAAAUAUCAGAUUUCUUGGUUAAGUUUUAUGUUUAGGUCAACUUUUUCUCUUAAACUAUCAAAGCUAUUACUUUGAAACUUGCAACACUUGUUCACCAUCAUAAGCUGACCCUGUACAGCAAGCAACAUAACUCCAUCCUGCUUUUUGCAAUAAUAUUGCCCCUUUUGGACUUAGAAAAUCAUUUUCUUGGUUGAGUAUUAUGUUUAAGUCAACUUUUCUCAUAAACUAUCAAAGCUAUUGCUUUAAAACUUGCAACAGUUUUUCACCAUCAUAAGUGGACACUGUACAUCAAGAAACAUAACUCUAUCCUGCUUUUUGCAAGAAUGAUGGCCCUUUUUAGACUUAGAAAAUCAUGGGUAGGACAAUAUUUCUAUUACACUAAAAAAAAUCAGAUGAGCGUCAGCACCCGCAAGGCGGUGCUCUUGUUAUCAUUACAAUAGUUAAAUUUGAAGCUUCUUCCAACAAUGCAAUAUGAAGACAGUUGUACAAAGGACAAUGCAUCAAUACAUGAAUUCCAUACUUAAUAGCGGAAUACAAUGAAAACGGGUUUGAUCCCUUACUUACACGCCAUUGUAUCUGCCAAGUUCUAUAUCAAUCGAGGCUGUGAUUUUAUAAAAUAUACUUAAAAGUUUCUUGCAUUACGAUUCAGAUCAAAAUUUAUCUUUGAAGUUUUUUUCUAUAUUAUGGGAUUGUUUCCCCCAUUUCUCAUCUAUGUAUUUUCAUGAUUUACAGUUGCAUUUCAUUCUUGAGUACAGUUUUCCAUAACGUUUGAUAAAAUAACAUAUAUAAUUUCACAUGAUUCAACAUUCUAGCAUAGUUACAACCUUUUAACUUUUGACUAACUCCUAUAAUUCAAGACCUUUCACCUAUAUGUUCGUACCCAUAUGACAAAGUGUACACAAAUUAGCUAAAACUGCUUUCCAGCAAUAACACGUCAUAGAGUUCCAUCCAGUGACACCACAGUCCGCAUCAUUCGGAGUAUAAUUGCCAAUAUUGGGGAAAUAGGUAUAUCAAUUUUGGACAUAUUUACAGUUAAUUUAUUUUGGCAUGCAACAGUUGUUUUAGAUACAACUAUACAUACAUAUUACUGAUAAAAUAGUGUAAAGUUCUUUAGUUGCCUUAUGAUACAUAUAAUACACGUUGCGGCAAUAAAUCUGUAUUCUAGACAUAAUUCAAACCUAUUCUUUUUGUAAUUCUUUGUUUAAAUUCUUCAGUCUUAGCAAUCUAGACAGAUUUACAGUAACUAAGAAGUGUUAAAAUGCAUUUUAGCUUAUUGCCUUUGGCAUGCUUUGUUUUGUUGUUUAUUGAUCGACUUUAUUUUCAUCUCAAGUAUUGGUCCAUAUUUACCCAGAUGCAAUUUUGUUUAAAAUAACCCUUUUACAUUCUUCAAUUUUGAGAGGGUACUUACGAAAGAUUGGUGGUUCUACCCAGGUGUCAGCCAGUGAUGCUAUAUAACCCAUAGGGACAUUUCGGGUCAUCCGCCGGAAAGUCGCCACAUGACAUAUAAUUGUGUUGGUGUGGCGUUAACUCUAUCAAAAACAAAUAAAUCAAAUACGGUGGAAGUAAAAUAAGUUAAAUGUCUCUUCAGUACACCUUUUAUCAUUUGUCACAUUUGUCAACGAAUUUAUCAUAUGUCUCAGCGCUUUUUGUCAAAUUUUAUCAGUGUUUCAUCAAAUUUAUUACUUUAUUUAGAGAUGCAUUACAGUAUUUUACGUCUGAGUUAAUUGUCUCUCCAUUAAGUUCCAAAAUAUAAGUAAAUAUUUAGAUUUGAACAUAACUUGUAAUAUGGAGUACAAACUUCUUGGAGAGAAGCAAAGCAUGGCGUGUCGUCAGUAGACUUUAAUUGAAUACAUUUUUAAUGUUUAAAGUAUACUGACUGAAGCUACAGUUGGUAAGAAUAGAGUCUGAAACUUCAAUUGAAAUGAUGGUACAAUUAAAUUGAAAAUCGUAUAGAUAUUCUAACCGACGUUUUAAACUCAUAUACUCUUGGUCUUUAUAUACUGUUUUGUUUGAGUUUAAUAUAUAUACUACGUAUUUUAUGCUUUAUCUAAGCUUUGGACUUGAAAUGUAUACUAAGCAUUUUCUGGUGUACCUGUCCUCGAUGAGAUAUUUUGAUAAACGUUAUAAGCAAAAGUCCUUAUGUUCAGUGGUAUAUAUUCUUCGGCCGCUGCCAACAAAACUGAAAUAGGAAAAGUAGUCACACCUGUGGAAGGGCACACUGAAGGAAAAAUUAACAGACUAUUUAGUUUAAACGAAAACCGUGCACAUUUUUGUAUUAUAAAAAUAUUUACAUUUUUAAUACAAAACUUCGAAAUGAAGCAUUUUGGUGUCAGAAUAGAUGUGUUUUAUAUUUUGUGAUAAUAUAUUUUGUGAAAAUACAGUAAAAUGGGCAUUAUGACAAUCUAUUAUGAGUGUGUUCAUUGACUUGGGGUUAACUGUUCAUUUCAUUACGUUCAUUGCUUUCUUUGUCAUCUUCCUCUGCUCACAUUUCUUUUGGCGUCCACUAGUUUCUUUGUCAUUUUGCUUUGCUCAAUUUUCAUUUGUCGUCAACUUGAUUAUGCAUUUUGUUUUGCUCAAUUUUCUGUUGACGUUCACUGGUUUCUUUGCUAUUUUGCUUUACUCAAUUUUCUUUUGGAUUCCACUGGUUUCUUUGCCAUUUUGCUCUGAUCAUUUAUCUUUUCUUAAUUUUCUUUUGGCGUCAACCGGAUUCUUUGUCAUUUUGCUGUUCUCAAUUUUCUUUUGGAAUCUACUGGUAUUUUUGUCAUUUUGCUCUGCACAAUUAUCUUUCAGUGUCCACUUCGGCGUCCACAUGUUUCUUUGUCAUUUUUCUCUAUUUUCUUUUGGUGUCCACUUGAUUCUUUGUCAUUUUGAUCUGCUCAAUUUUCUUUUGAUAUUCACUUGUUUCUUUGUUAUUUUGCUCUGCUUCAUUUUCUUUUGACAUCCACUGGUAUCUUUGCCAUUUUGCUCUGCUCAAUUUUCUCCACCGGUAUAUUCGCCAUUUUGCUCUGCACAAUUUUCUUUUGGCGUCCACUGGUUUCUUUGUCAUUUUGCUCUGCUCUAUUUUCUUCUGGCGUCCACUGGUAUAUUCGCCAUUUUGCUCUGCACAAUUUUCUUUUGGCGUCCACUGGUUUCUUUGUCAUUUUGCUCUGCUCUAUUUUCUUAUGGCGUCCACCGGUAUAUUCGCCAUUUUGCUCUGCUCAAUUUUCUUUUGGCGUCCACUGGUUUCUUUGUCAUUUUGCUCUGCUCCAUUUUCUUCUGGCGUUCACCGGUAUAUUCGCCAUUUUGCUCUGCUCAAUUUUCUUUUAGCGUCCACUGGUUUCUUUGUCAUUUUGCUCUGCUUUAUUUUUCUUUUGGCAUAUGCGUACAGUACGGGUUUACUCGUUUAUAUAAAUAAUUUUGAUAGUCUAGGUAAAUAUUUGACCGGUCUUACGAAUUGGUAAGUAUUCUAUUCAUUAAAGAUAUGUGUGUAAGAGUUUUAUCCUUCGGGGAUAAAUCUAAACUGUCCUAAAAUUUUAGAAUACAGGAACUAUGAGGGUUUGCUAACAAUUAGGCGGUGGCGUUUUGUCUCUUACCGUUCCAAGGUGGUUCGUAAACUACCGUAUGCUUUAAUUUGUUUCUUUUUUUUCAGUGUUCGUUUGUCUAAUUCUUUAACUUGCCUACGCAUUUUGUACAUAUCAAAUACAUACACUGUUUUGUAAUGUGGCUGUUUCAGUUUGCUCUUUGACCUUAUUUUAAUAAUAGAUAUUGAAAUGAAUAUUUACUUUAGAUGUGAUCUCUGUUGUAUUGUUUUGCACUUUGCCCAUUUUGUCAGUGCUUAUACUGUCUAAAUAGUUCAUAGUAUCUGUAAUAUGAUCUUUAUCAGAAAAUAUAUACUUUUGUAGAUGUUUAAAUAUAUAUUUGUUAAUUAGA